UCAAACCCAGAUUUUGCUGAAAAGGAGAAGGCAGCAGCAAGGGCUCUAGAGGACGUGAAGGCUAACUUCUACUGUGAAUUAUGUGACAAGCAGUACCAUAAACACCAUGAGUUCGACAACCACAUUAAUUCUUACGAUCAUGCUCACAAACAGAGACUGAAGGAGCUCAAACAAAGGGAAUUUGCUCGGAAUGUGGCUUCAAAAUCCUGGAAAGAUGAAAAGAAACAGGAAAAAGCACUCAAGCGCCUCCACCAACUGGCUGAGCUGCGGAAGCAGUCCGAAUUUGUUGCUGGAUGCCGACCUGUGUGUAAAACAUCCCAAGUGGUUGAAGAAAAGCAGCCAGAGCAGCAAGAGGAACGUCUCUUAGUUCACAAGAACAAGACCAAGAAUGCAGCCGAAGGACAAAUUGUUGCCAGCAGCACUUCAGAGAAACAACAGGAGCUCACAAUAUGCAAGAACCAGCCUUGCAUGGAGAGAUGCCAUUUGCUUCGAAGUCGUGUCUCUCCAGCAUUUCCCUGUGGCGCCAGUGCCUGUAACCGGGCAGGGGUGUCUUUCUCCUUUUCUAAAAAAGUCCAUUUGAAGCUAGAGUCAUCAGCAUCUGUUUUCAGUGAGAACCUGGAAGAAGCAUAUGACUGCACGGGAUCACCUAGGCACACAGUGAAACAGUCUCCUCAAGACUACCAUACUUGCAUACAUGUGAGUGAUGAGAGAAAACCAACCAUACAAAAACGGUUACAUCGAAUUCAAGGUCACACAGACAGCCUACCCUCAUGCAAUCCAGCUGUGACGAGCAAAAUGCUGAAAGAAAAGGAUCAUAAUGCCAACAUAGAGCAUCUGGAAACCCAUCUACAUCCUCCAGAUUUGGGUUGUUGCAGAUCUCCUUAUAUAAAGAACCAAGGAAAAGAACUGAAUGAGAUGAGGAAAUCUUCGGAAAUGGUUGUUCCAGCUCAAUACCAAACUAGCAACAUUUGUAUGCAGCAAAACACUUAUAAGCACAGCGAUGUCCUGUUAUCAGAACAUGUCUCUGAGUACUCAACACAAUGCUCAUUGGAGCAAGGACAUUCAUGUGAGGUAAACUACAAUCCCUGUGUGUUCAAAGAGACUGGAUCACCGGAUUGUUUGAAAAUGGUAACUGAGAACACUGGAGCACCUGGGGGUGAUUCACUGGUUCAUAAAAUUAAGUCCAAAGCAUUACCUUUUCUCCAUGUUCUGAGUAAAGAUGGUAGCACUGCCUUACGGUGGCCCACAGAACUUAUUUUGUUUACAAAAACAGAACCUUCUGUUUCCUAUGGUUGCAAUCCAUUGUAUUUUGAUUUUAGACUCUCCUUAUCCCACAGGGAUACUGGUCGUCAUGAUGUCAACCUAGAAAAUUGUAAUGAGCACUCAAUAAUGAUGGACAUAGAUAGAAAUGAAGCCUCAGGUCAAACCAAGAACAAGCAACUGUCCGAUGAACAAGAUAAUCAGUCUUUGAAGCCAAAGAAGAAGACAAGAGCUCUAAGCCUCAGAAAGGCCCAGCCAAACUUGGAUUCAGACACAGAGAAUGAAAUGAAUCAAAGUGCUCCAAAGUAUAUUUCAGAUGAUUUGAAUGAUAGUAUACCUAAAGUGCCUGAUCACCUCGAUUGCUCACAAAGGCAUUACACAAGAGCAACAGGUCCCCAAACAGAAAUGCAUGUGAGAUCUUUAGCACAGCACUUGCAGAACUGUGAACAAACUCUACAGGAUGAAAAAAUCUGCAUUUAUCCCUUGGUGUCUAGGAUAAAGAGGCAAAAAUGUGUACAAUGUGAUUUAAUUUAUUCCCAAAGACAAAGCAACCUGGAUUUGGUCACAUGCAGCAGUGAUGUAAGUGACAGUGGAAAAGCCAUUCUUGGUUACGAGUUUGGUUCCACUGGCAAGUGCUUGGAAAAUGAAGAGAAAGGGGAAUUUGCUGGAUGCUGGAAAUUCUCUUCUUUGCAAAAGUCCUCUUCUGACAGGCAGUCUAAUUAUUCCGACACCUCUCUUAGCAGUGCAACUAGUUUUGCUAGUUGCUACUCUAGUCACAGAUCAAGUGAUCACAGAAGAAGUCAUUUGCCUUUUUGUUGCAAAAGGAAACAAAAGCCGGUUGAAAGGCUGAAAUCUAAACACAAAAAGCACAAUUGCAUUUCAUCUUCCGAUGAUGCAGAUGAGGACUGCCUCUUCAACAAUAAAAGUCAAAGACCUAGUAACUGUAUGCAGAGGCAUACAGUAAAAUAUCAAAGACAUUCAAGAUAUAGGCAUUUACUACAUAGAGACAUAUCAAAGCAAAUCCGAAACAGACAUUCUUCCUGUAAACACAGCAGGUGUAGAAGCUACAGCAGCUCCAAAGGAUCUUCCACCCGAGAUUCAGGAAGCAGUGAAAGAUCAUUGAGUUGCUCCAGAUCAAGAGGCAGCAGUUCAGGAUCCCUUGCAAGAGAAUCAAUAUGUGAAUGGAACAAACACAAAAGGAAUAUGAUCAACUAUUAUGGCUCUCAAUCAGGAAAAGCAGAUUCCGCACACUAUGACUGCCACAAUAUCAGUUGCCCAUCAAAGCAUGCUGGCAUUUGCUCUGUCAAACAAUUAGGAAAAGAAGCAGUGAGACAGCAGAAGUCAUUAACUGCCAAGUUACUUUUAGAAAAAGUGAAAUCAAAGAAAAUCCAGGAGCAAACUCAGAAUGGUGAGAGCUUUUCAAAUGUUUGUGGCAUAGAUCCCUGCCAUAGUCAACCUGGCACUAAAUGUAUAUCUUCAGUGGAUAAUGAAGGAAUGUCACCUUUGCCUGAGAAUGCCCUCUGCAUUAAUGCAACCACCGUGUGGAACAGUCAACCCAGCACAGUGGAAAGCAGUGCACAUAAAGAUCGAGUUGAAGCUUCAACAAUAAAUAAUACGGCUCAUACAGCUAGCACUAACUACAAUAAUUGCCUCCUUAAAGACUUAAUUCAAAGAGGAACUGGGUAUCAGGCCUCAAAUAUAGAAAAGGACACAGCAAUAAAUGAGCCGUCAGAUCUCUUAAAUGGUGAAAUGCAACCCUUUCUACAAAGCUGUGACCCAGUACCAAAUUAUUUUCCUGGUGCUUUUCCUUCUAAUAGAUAUUCUGUUGUUCCAAAUCCAACAGAGACCAAAGAAGAACACAAUGCAAGCUUGAACUCGAUGCAAGUGGAAGGGGAUUUAAGCUCUUACUCUGACAGUGCUAUGCAUAAAGACAAUGAAACAGAAAACAAGACUGAAUUGUACAGCAAGUGCAUCUCUUCUCCCUUAACUCAGCAGCCUAUAACAUUUUCCCCUGAUGAGAUAGACAAAUACAGGUUUCUUCAGCUGCAGGCCCAGCAGCAUAUGCAGAAACAACUUGUGGCAAAACAUCUUAAGGUUUUGUCUGCCACCGGACCAGCUGCCUUCUCUGCACCCCCAUCAGUUCAGUCAGUUCCUGUUCCACCGCACGCCUCUGUUGCCACCCUCCACCAUACCUUUUUGCAAAGCUUUGCUCUCUCAGCUGCAGUACAUCCCCACAGCAGCCAUCUUUCCCUGACUCAUAUACAUCCCUUCCCGCAGUCUCACUUUGCCCCAAUAUCUCUGUCGCCUUUCACUCCAACCUUCAUACCUGCACACUCAGCCCUCCUGACAGGCCACCCACUCCAUUUGGUCUCUGCCACUCCCAUUCACCCUUCUCACCUGGCAGUCUCCUCACUGCCCCAUCCGACAUUCAUUCCUACCUUGUUCACCCCGCAGCUCAGUGGAACUGUAUCUUCUGCAAUACAUCUCAAUCCUUUCAUUCAUCCAUUGUUCCAGGGGCAAGAAUUUCAGCAUCGUUCUUGA